AUGGCUACUACGCCUGUUCCCAACGCCGAGACCUCGCGUCAAUAUGUUCCUUUGACUUGCCACGGUCACUCUCGGCCUGUUCCCCACGUCUGCUUCUCUUCCCUGGAGAAGGGAGAGCAGUACUACAUGAUCUCCGCCUGCAAGGAUGGAAAUCCUAUGUUGCGCGACGGUAUCACUGGUGACUGGAUCGGAACCUUUAUCGGUCACAAGGGUGCCGUCUGGCAGGCCAGACUGAGUCCCGAUGCCUCCAACGCGGCUACCGCCUCCGCCGACUUCACCGCCAAGGUCUGGGACACCCACAGCGGCGAGGUCCUCUAUACCCUCCAGCAUAACCACAUUGUUCGCGCCGUUGCCUACCCCCCCGAUAACUCCGAACUCAUUGCGACUGGAGGAAUGGAGAAGAAGCUCCGAGUCUUCGACCUGAGCGACUUUGCCCCCGACCCGAACGCUGCUGCUGGUUCCCCUAUCAUGGUGCAGGCCUCGGCCGGUUUCGAGAUUGGCGAGGGCACCCAUACGGGUUCCAUCAAGUUUAUUGCCUGGACCAAGGACCCCAACACCAUUGUUACCGCCUCUGACAACACCAUUCGCUGGUUCGACCUUCCCACGCGCAAUGUCAUCCGACAGGAGGUUCUCGACGGCGAGAUCAAGUCUUGCGAGCUGGUUUCCCUGGCUCCCGAGUUCACCUCUCCUGGCGAUAUCGGCGGUGGUCUUCCUGUUCUGGCUGUCGCCGCUGGCAAGUCGGUCUACUUCUGGGGAGGCCCACAGGCCAUGGACGAGCUCAAGCGCAUUGAGCUGAAGCACGGUGUUGCUAGCGUGGGUCUGGACCUUAAGGGACGCAAGAUUGUCGUCGGAGAGGAGCCCGGUACCUGGGGCCGCGUUUGCCGCUGGGAUGACGGCAGCGAGAUUGAAACCAUCAAGGGUCACCACGGUCCUAUCUGGUCCAUCACCUUUUCCCCCGAUGGCAAGCUCUAUGCCACCAGCUCUGAGGACGGCACCAUCAAGUUGUGGAAGAACUGCGACGGCUUCUACGGCCUCUGGCGUGGCGGUGCUACCAACGCUGAGCGAAAUGUGGACUAG